GUCUGGGCUGCCCUCUAGUUCCGUGAUGUAAUACGUAAUUUGUACGGGAAGGAAUGCAGUUUGAGGAUUGAAAAAAGCUAUGUCUUUCGAUUCUCUGGCCGGCGGUGACAAAGAUAUGAAGGUAGGAAAUUCAGUUCACCAUCUAGGCGCCGAGAUAGAUGGGCCAUCAUAUAAUAGGUUCGCAGGAUCGGAAAAAAGUUCAACGACCUCGCCAUUGAUACCAUUGUGUGCUUUGGGCAGCAGUUCGGUGAACAUCUUCCAACCACAGACCUUUUAUCGACGUAAUCCAGGCUUGAGUGUGAGAUGCCGUAAUAUCAUUAUUACCACGCUAGAUCAAGUUUUGUCUAGCUUUGUACAAAGAGCCGUAGAAAACUGCAUCGAAGCCGUUGACGGCGACGACGAAGUUGAGGACGAAGUUGAGGACGAAGUUGAACAUACUACGGAAUCUCACGGCCGGGGCCAAGUGCCUUUGACGGAAUCCGACUUCGAAGCUGAUAAUGUCAAGCACCCUACUUACGAACUUGAUAUAAGGCUCGCCCUAUCUCCGCUUAUCGGAUGUGGAAACCAAUUAAUGGACAAAAUCGCCGGGUUUGUAAAAGCUUUCAAUGGAAAUUCUUAG